AUGAAGCCUCUCACAUUGUCACGACUCUUGCUUCCAAUCUACGUCGGAGCUGAAACUCCAACAGCUACUCUGGACUCAGGUCCAAUCUUUGGUCUCACUACAACUCUUCCUGCUGCCUCGCCUGUGAAUAAAUUUCUCGGUAUUCCCUAUGCCGCCAAACCGCAGCGCUUCAGUCGAGCUGAGAAGCCUGAACCAUGGACGAGGCCUUUGAAUGCGACCACGUUUGGGCCAUCUUGUAGGCAGCUCUUUGUCGAAAGUGCUAACUUUGUAGAACUCGCCCCGGAGAUCGAUCUUCUCAAAGGACUGUUCAACACAGCAUCCCGCGAGAGUGAAGACUGUCUCUUUAUCAAUGCUUUUGCUCCAGCAGACCCUCAUCCUUCACGGGCUGUGGUAUUGUUCAUCAGCGGUGGCGGAUGGCAGCAGGGCAAUGGGGAAAUCGAUCUGAGCGGCUUUGCAGCAUAUGAAAACAUUGUCGUCUUUACUUUUAACUACAGAACAAAUGCCUUUGGGUUCCCAAACUCCCCAGACAUAUCUACAGAUGAGAUCAACCUCGGCAUUUAUGAUCAACAGCUCGCUAUGGAGUGGGUCCAACGGAAUGCGCGCGCCUUUGGUGGUGAUCCAGACAAAGUCACCAUCUGGGGUGAAUCUGCUGGCGCCAUGUCUGUCGAUAUACAUGUCAACAGAUACACAUCCCCUCCAUUCCGCGCCGCAAUGAUGUUUUCUGGUCAAAUGUCUGUUGGGUACCUCGGCAGUACGGCCAGUCAUCGAGAUACCUCAUACUGGGACAACUUGACCUCUGUAGUUGGAUGUCAAGGACCAGACCAGCUGCAGUGUAUGCGAGAUGUUCCGGCAGACACCCUCAUCAACGCCAUGAGCAAAGUGGGAAGCGCAUUUCUGCCAAUAACUGACAAUGCCACUAUUUUGAGUGGAAGGGCCGAGAGAUGGCGAGACGGUGAUGUUGCAAGAGUUCCUGUGCUUAUGGGAACUGUUGCUGAAGAGGGCCGAGGACUGAUCAACAGAAACAUAUCGCUCGAGACAUUCUUUGGGGCGUAUCUUUCUGAGCCAUUGGCCAACGCAACCCAACAGAAGCAAAUUCUCAAGGCUUAUGACCCGAGUCUCAAGACCAACUUCGACAUUGCUGCUGCAAUCUACACAGACUUUGUCUGGCAAUGUCCCCAAGCUAUCCUAGCCAACAUAUCAGCUUCCAUCAAUCCAACCUGGAGAUUCUACUUCAAUGCCUCAGUCACAAGUCUUUUAGACGACAGAUACUCUUGGCUUGGCAAGUUUCAUGGCUCAGACGUCCUUCUACUGUUUAGUUCACCAACAUUUGACACAAUGUCACCACAACUCUACACAUUUGCGGAGUAUCUUCGAGGAGUUGUGGGGAGAUUUGUCAGAAACCCGCAAGCUGGACCAGGUUGGCCCGUUGGAUCUCGAUAUGUUGCAAAUCUGGGAGAUGUCGGACAGACACAAACAUCAGGACCUUCAAUCAUCGACCAAACAGCGUUGGAUCAGAGAUGCAGCCUCUACGAGUCAAUUUACCCUCUCAUCGAAGAUCCCAAUACUACUCAAUCUCAUUGCAACGUAAUCUCUCGCCAAUCGUUCGUCUACGUCAUUUGA